AGGUCUUAAAUUAAUAAUAUUAUUUCAAAUGUAACAAAUAUAUGAUUUUGUAGUCUCGAAUUUAUCUUUUGUGCUUUAUCUUUCAACUUAAGCAAUUUUAAGUAAAACGUAAUUGAACAUAUCAUGUAAUUGAACUAUUUGACAGUAAAACGUAACGCGACUCAUAUACCCGAUUGAGCCCAUGUGUACCCAAUAAUUAGUUUCAUCUGUUUUAAUUGUGCAGCUGUGACUGCUUGUGAAUCUUAAUUGGAAUUGGUCAACCGAUCAGACUUCCAAUUCAAGAAACUAUGGCGGCAGAGGCUUUUCUUGCGGCGUUUCUCCGAGUGUUGGUUAGCAAGUUGGCAUAGCGCGAGGUCAUCAAGUACUUUGGACUUGUAAAGAGCGUCGAUAAAAAAUUGAAGAAAUGGAGUGACACCUUGUCUGCAAUUGAAGCCGUUCUGAAUGAUGCGGAGGAAAGGCAACUGACGACUGAGAGCAAUGCACUGAGGCUCUGGCUCGAUGAUCUCAAGGACUUGGCUUUUGAUGCGGAAGUCGUGUUGGAUAAAUAUCAUACUAAAAUGUUGAAACGUCAGAUACAACAUGCUCAUUCCAGCACAAUAAGCAAAGCAUGGAAAUCAAUUCCUACUCGUGUUUCCAACUUCAAAACAACAAGCAAAGCAUGGAAAUCAAUUCCUAAUCGUGUUUUCAACUUCAAAAUGAACUCGGAAAUACAAAAGAUUACCAAGAGAUUACAAGAGAUAUCCGAACGAAAAGACCAGCUUGGUUUGAAAAUUGAUAUUGGGACGUUGACUACAAGGGCACACCAACACAUAUCGCCUAGUUCUAGUCUACCGGAUGGACCUGUGAUUGGAAGGGACGAGGACAAAAGGCAGAUUGUUGAGCUGUUGUCGAAACAAGAGCAUCAUGCUGUCAAUUUCGAUGUAGUUGCAAUUGUUGGUAUGGCUGGAGUCGGAAAGACAACACUUGCUGGACAAGUACUCAAAGAUAUGGUUGCAGCCUAAACGUUUCAACCAGCUAUUUGGGUGUGCGUAUCUGACGACUUCAACCUUGGAAGAGUGACAAAGCAAAUUCUUGAAUCAAUCACAUCUCGACAAUGUACCACAGAAGAUUACAAUAAGGUUCAAGAUGAUCUGCAGAAGGAGUUAGCGGGGAAGAAGUUUUUAAUUGUUUUAGACGAUGUUUGGAAAAUUUGUAGCUACGGUGAAUGGAUGAAGCUGUAGUCCCCUUUUCGUGAUGGAGCACAAGGAAGCAAGAUAAUUGUGACAGCACGUGAUACAGAUGUUUCAAAAAUGAUGGGAGUUGCCAAGCUGGUUCACAAUUUGGAGCCCAUGCAAAAUGAUGUUUGUUUGCAAGUAUUUGAGCAGCAUGCAUUCUUAAAUUCUAACAACGACAAACCACCAAAUUACGAGUUACUUAAGGAGAAAAUUGUUGCGAAGUGUAGGGGAUUGCCUUUGGCCGCGAGGACCCUCGGUGGUGUUCUACUUUGUAAAGAAACAUACGAAUGGGAAGAAAUAUUGAACAACAAACUGUGGAGUCUAUCAAAUGAGCAAGACAUACUUCCAGUAUUGAGAUUAACCUACUUUUAUCUUCCUUCACAUUUGAAAAGAUGUUUUGCCUAUUGCUCAAUACUUCCAAAUGACUAUGAAUUCGAAGAGAAGCAAAUGAUCCUUCUAUGGAUGGCCGAGGGCUUUAUUCUUCCCCGACCAGAAGGUAAUAAGCAAAUUGUAGAUUUACGUACUAAUUAUUUUCGGGAGCUCGUAUCUAGGUCAUUGUUUCAAAAGUCAACAAAAAAUACUUCAAAAUAUGUGAUGCAUGACCUCAUUGGUGAUUUAGCGCGAUGGGCAGCUGGAGAUAUUUGUUUUAGAUUGGAGGAUAAUCAAAAUGAUGAUGGUGUACAACUUAGAUGUUUUCCGAAGGCACGCCAUUCGUCUUACAUCAUGGGUCGGUUUGAUGGGGUUAAAAGAUUUGAGGCAUUUUCUGAAGUGAAAUGUUUGCGAACCUUCCUGCCACUAACAAAGGGUGAUAUUCGGAGUUAUUUAAGUCAUCAGGUUCCUUUUGAUUUAUUGCCAAAAUUGCAAUACUUGCGGGUGCUCUCUUUUAAUGGCUAUAAAAUAACUAAGCUUCCAAACUUAGUCGGUGAUUUAAGGUAUCUACGGUAUCUCGACCUUUCUUACGCGCUCAUUACGUCUUUACCUAAAUCAACAAGCACUCUUUACAACCUGCAGGCAUUGAUAUUGAAAGGCUGUCAUCAGUUGAAGUCAUUGCCUGCAGACAUGAGUAAUCUAAUUAAUUUGCGUCAUCUCAACAACUCAUAUGCAUAUUCGGUGGAAGGAAUGCCUCCAAAACUAGGUAAAUUGGUGAAUCUCCAAUCUUUGCCUAAUUUUGUGGUGAGCGGUGGUAGUAAUCAAUCAGGGAUAAGAGAGAUAGAGUUCUUGAUGCAUCUCCGAAGGACAUUGUGCCUCUCAAGAUUGGAGAAUGUGACUGAUGUCGAGGACGCUCGGAGGGCCAACUUAAAAUGCAAGGAGAGGCUUGAUUCGUUGGUCCUAGAAUGGUCUCAUUCAAGCGACACAAGAGAAACGAAUUUCGUUGUGCUUGACAUGUUACGGCCUCAUACAAAGGUCAAGGAGCUCACCAUCAAAAGUUAUGCUGGAAAAGAAUUUUCAUCAUGGGUUGGAAGUUCUUUGUUCUCUAAUAUGGCAGUCGUGCACUUAGAGGAAUGCAACAAUUGUUUAUCGUUGCCACCUCUCGGACAAUUGCCUCAUCUCAAAGAACUUUAUAUUCGAGGAAUGAAUGCGGUGGAAAGUGUUGGUGCUGAGUUUUAUGGAGAGUGUAUCUUUCCUUUUCCGCUAUUAGAGACUAUUACGUUUGUGAAUAUGAAGCAUUGGAAGGUAUGGCUUCCCUUCCAACAUGAUCGAGGAAGUGGUGAUUUCCCUUGCCUGAAAAGGCUUUCAAUAAAAAAAUGUUCUAAGUUGGAAGGUAAGCUGCCAGAGAACCUUGAUCUGUUAGCCGAGCUUGAAAUUUUUAAAUGUGAGGAAUUGGUGGUUUCGAUUACCAACUGCAAACAACUUCGUCAAAUAAACAUUGACGGUUGUAAAGCGUUGGUGCAUACAGCUACUAAGGUUGAGUUUGAGUUAUUAAAGUCCUUGUGUCUUUCAAACAUUUCGAAGUUGAUGUCUCUGCAAACAAGGGAAUUGUGCAGAAAGGGAUUAACCAAGGUUAGAGAAUUGAAGAUUAAUGGAUAUAAGGAGCUGAAGUCUUCAUUGAAGAAUGAGGCUGGAUUAUUGCAGCAGUUGACUUCUCUUGGCCGUUUGAAGAUCGAAGACAACUCUCCUCUAGUUGAAGAAUUGGGAAAAGAAGCAGAGGAGUUGCAAAUAUUGGAGUGCAGGAUUGAAUGUAUGGAGUUAAUCAAGUGCGAAAAUCAUUUGAAGCUACCAAAAGGGUUAAAUCAGUUGUCGUCUCUUCAAGAGCUUCGCUUACACAAAUGUUCACGUUUAGCUUCUUUUCCAGAUGUUGGUCUGCCACCUUCUCUUAAACACAUCCAGAUUACCGAGUGUCAUUCGUUGAUAUAUUUGGCAAAACAUCAGAUUCUCCAAAAUCUCAGAAGAAUAGAGAUAAGAGAGUGCAAAAGUUUGAAAUCACUAGUAGAUGAGAAGGAUGUUGGUUCUUCCCCAUCGUCUUCUUCUCAUAGUUGUCUUGAGUACUUGAAUAUUGAAGAAUGUGAAUCUCUGACGUCGUUAUCAUUGAGUGGCCAGCUUCUCAGGACGCUUAAACACCUUGGGAUAUUUUAUUGUGAACAACUGGAGCUAAUCGCAGAGGACGGGUUUUUCCGCGACAACACUAAUUAUUGUCUUGAAUAUAUUAAGAUCUGGAAAUGCCAAAAUCUGAAAUCCUUACCGGAUGGCUUAUGCCACCUCAGCAAUCUUCAAACUCUAAUUAUUGGGAACUGUGGAACACUACUACAAAAGGGCCUUAUAGUGUCAGUGGGUGGCGUGAGAAAGAUCUAUAUCAGAGAUUGUGAGAAAUUGGAGGCGUUGCCCGAAGACAUGCACAAUCUUAACUCUCUUGAGGAAUUGAGCAUCGACUACCGUGAAGGUUGACUUUUUCUCCCAACCUCACGUGUCUUGUAAUUAAGAAGGUUAAGAGCUGUAAGUCAUUGUGGGAGUUGGAGUGGGGGUUGCACAGACUCACCUCUCUUAGAUACUUUUGGAUCAUCGGUGAAGACCUGGAUACGGUGUCGUUUCCACCCGAGAUGGUCCAGAUGGAGACGCUCCUCCCCAAAUCUCUCACUAAACUCAUAAUAGAAAGCUUCCCAAAUUUGAAGAAACUGAGCAGCAAGGGCUUUCAAUUCCUCACCUCCCUUCAAUUUCUGGGAUUAUGCUAUUGUCCAAAGCUAGCAUCCAUUCCAGAUGAGGGUUUGCCUCCUUCACUUACACAACUUUGGAUCUAUAAGUGUCCUGUGCUAAAAGAGAGAUUCCAACCAAGAAAAGGACGCUACUGGCACAAAAUAUCCCACAUCCCUCGCGUAGAGUUAAAUUUUUGAGGUAUCAUCUUAUCAAGAAAUGCUUUAUCAUUAUUAUUAUUAUUAUUAUUAUUAUUAUUAUUAUUAUAUUUAUUAUUAUUGUUAAGCAACUUUCGUUGUAUCUUGACAUCAUGUCCACAAUAAUAUUUAUUCAAGUAACGAUAGUGAGAAAACAUGUGCACUGGGUAUGACAUUUUUUUUAAGUGAGAAAACAACUGUAGAAAUCAUAAUAAAUAGCACGAAAGAAAAAAAUUAUAAGAAAUUGUUGGAUGUAAAGUUUUAUGUUUAAACAUAAAACGAAACUCACUGAUACAGAGGUGACUAGCAGUUCAAUUAUAGCAACCGCUGCAACUACUUUCUCAAAUGUGUCAGCUGAUAUAUGAACGUAUAAGUUUUCAUAUUCAACCUUUAUUUCACUCCCAUCAGAUGGUCUUAUUUCAGCCUGCAAAUAAGUUGAAGAAUAAAAGAGGUAAAAGUCAAUACAUGUACGUAUGGGCAUUAUUGUCAGUUGGGUGGGCAUUGUCGUCAGUUAGGGUUGCAUUCGGUGGGAUCGAUGGCUCAGUGUGGGAUUUGGUGGGAAGGCAUGCUGCUUGCAGAGAGGAGGAGAGAGAGGGAAGGAGGGAGGGGGAGGGAGAGAUAGAGGGGUUUGGUGAGGGGAAGGCAUGCGACUUUCAGAGAGGAGAGAAGCUUAAAAGCAACUGCAGCAAGGUCAAUGGACAGGGUCGCAGCAAUGGAGACGUCUCGCUCUGAACCAUGUCCCCUCUCCUCAGGCGAAUGCUGAACAAAGUUUUGAAGGAACAAAAAGAAGACCUACACAUAAUAGAAUCUGAUUAGGAAAAGGAAAAGAAGAAAGCCAGCUUUUCAACGAAAAAGCUAAAAUCAAUCCCUUCGACCUCCUCAUCGGCGGCGGCACCCACGACCACCAGUGUUCUGAGUGAUCAUCGAGCUAUGAUGGGUUGGUGUUGGAUUUGAUUCGAUUGAGGAAAAUGUGGCGGAGACAAUAAUUCCCAAAUCCUCCAGCUUUCGGAUCAUACAAUUGUCCCACCGC